AUGCCGAGCCUCGACGUCUCCAAUUUCAACAUCGUCUGCGCGACGCUUGGCGGCUUCGUCACCAUGUUUGGACUCGUGUCCUUCCUGUGCAAGGAGAAAUUUUACCUCUCCGAAGCCCUCAUUUCCACGGUCGCUGGAGUCAUCUUCGGUCCUAACGCCGCCAAUUGGAUCCGGCCUCACGACUACGCUCUCGGCUCUGAAGACACGCUGAACACGAUCAAUCUCUACUUCACACGCCUGGUGCUGGGAGUACAGCUGGUCAUUGCAGGCGUGCAGCUCCCGAGCAGGUAUCUGCAAAUCGAAUGGAAAUCGCUCUCGCUGCUUCUAGGCCCCGGCAUGACGGGCAUGUGGGUGCUUACGAGCCUGCUUGUGUGGGCCAUGGUGCCGAACCUCAGCUUCCUGCAGGCACUAGCUGUUGGAGCCUGCGUCACGCCCACCGACCCGGUCCUGUCGAACUCGAUUGUGAAGGGCAAGUUUGCUGAUAAGAACAUUCCCAAAGAACUUGCUAAGCUUGUCAUCGCUGAGUCUGGCGCGAAUGAUGGCCUUGGCUAUCCUUUCCUCUUCUUGCCUCUCUACCUGAUCAAGUACCUUGGCCACCAUGGUGCGGGCGAGCCUGGUGGAGUCGGCAAGGCGAUGGGCUUGUGGUUUGGUGAGACUUGGGGCUACACCAUUUUCAUGAGCAUUGCCUAUGGUGCUACCGUUGGCUGGAUUGCCAAAGAGCUCCUUCACUGGGCUGAGGAGAGGAGAUAUGUCGACCGGGAGAGUUUCUUGGUGUUUGCAAUCACCCUUGCUCUCUUCAUUGUGGGAACCGAUGGUAUGCUUGGAAGUGACGAUGUCCUUGCAUGCUUCAUCGCCGGCAACGUUUUUACCUGGGAUGAUUGGUUCCGUCUGGAAACCAUGGACGACUCUCUACAGCCAACGAUCGACAUGCUCCUUAACGUGUCUGUUUUCAUCUGGUUUGGCGCUGUGUGCCCUUGGAACGUCUUCGCCCACAACAGCGUGAUUCCAAUCUACCGUCUCAUCCCCUUGGGCAUUCUGGUCCUACUUCUACGCCGGCUCCCGGUUGUUGUAGGCAUGCACAAGCACAUUCAUCAGAUAGAACAGCUGCGCCAAGCGCUCUUCGUAGGUUUCUUUGGACCGAUCGGCGUCAGCGCCAUUUUCUAUCUCUACAUCAGCAUCGAAUUCCUGGAAGGAAUCGUCGUCGACGGCGCCCAGCGCGAAGACGCGGCUCACCUCCAGGAAGUCAUGUACGUGGUCAUCUGGUUCCUGGUCAUCUGCAGCAUCGUCGUCCACGGCCUCAGCAUCCCGCUAGGCAAACUCGGCAUCCAGAUCCCACGCACCCUCUCCAACGCCGUCUCCACGGACCGCAACUCCGACGAGCCCGCCCCCUUCCACAUCCGCUCCUUCACCGAGCAGUCCCUCCCAGGCAUCCUGCGCAACCGCCACAGCAACACCGCUUCCGGCACCACCACCCCGCGCUCCGCCGCCACCGGCAGCACCGGCGCCAACCUCCUCCCGCGCCCGCUCUACCGCAUCGGCGGCUCCGUCAUCCGCAGCAAGAGCGGUUGUCAACAGCAGCAACAGCAGCAGCAGCCGCCGCCGAAGCAGACGACGCCGCCGCUGCCGCCCGGCGACGAGAGCGAUGCCACCACCACCACCGCCGCCACUGAGCGGGAAGUCACGCGGCCGGUCCAGGUCGCGCGCCCGACGCAGCGGAUGCAGUCGAUGGAUCGGCCGGGUAAUGCGGCUUCGUCUUCUUUGGCUGAUGACGACUCGAGCUUCUCGGGUAGUAACCCUGCGGCUGUGCUGUCGCCCCGGCACACGGAGGGGCAGGAGCUUGUGCUCGGGCCGCGGACGAUCAGGUUUGCGGAUGGGUCGGCCAGGAACUAUGGGACUAAUGUGGAGAGUCCGAGGGAUGAGUAG